AUCUGCCCGCUUUAGUUCGCGCGGACGAGCUGGGUCUAAUGUCUAUGAAGCACGCUACCCAUCAUCAAGUCAGUCAGAGUUCGGCCACCCAUCUGGUUAUGGUGCUCAUAGCGGCGUUGGAGGUGGCCCACGCUAGGCCUUGCUACGAGGGAGGUGAUUUUGAGUUAUGUUUCCUAUCCAAAGCGGCUAUCAACGAAGACGCGUUUCCAGACUUCAGGGAACAGUUCAGGCCAGACCGAGCCGAAGCGAGAACGAGACAGAAAUACGACUUUAUCUUUGGAAGGAGAGAGAUAAGGGAUAUCUUCGAGGACUACCACAAGAACUGCACGGGGUGUGAUGAUGACGUCGACGUGGCUGAUAGAGAGGACCACGUCACUCAGUAUUUGUCGGAGCUGAUGGUGAAUACGGAUAGUGAGAUCACUAGUUUACAGGCGAGUGACGUUGAAGAAACACGGGACGAAUCAGGGGGAAAAGAAGAUGGCUACUUCGCGUUUUUGACAGGGGAAGAGAAGGUCUUCGAAGUUGAAGGGAUUUGGUCGGAACCUGCGAAGACGAUCGUGGAAGAAAGCGAACUGCUCAAUUAUAAUGCAUUUUAUUGA